AUGAGGACUAUGGUGCCCAAGGAAAUGAGGGCGAUGGGUUCAAGGCAGUGCGAGGAUAUUUUGAAGGUGAUUGUGACAUCUCACCCCACGUCUUUUGACAUGUUGGAGCUUCCUAAGAUUGGGGGUUCGCCGAAAAAGCCGGUAGUUGAUGAACAUCGAACAACCAUCAAGGAAGCCCCGGGGUGGAUGGCCUUCAAUUUUCCACCAAGCUCAGAAUCUUCGACCAAUCUUCAGAAGGACCCUGACAGAAACUCUCAUGGUGAAUCAGGUCGCAUUCGUCCAAGUCCACUUUGUACGCAAGGUUCGGCAAGAACUGUCACAGCAUGGCUCAGACAAAAGUCUGAGCGCGAUCUCGUCGAAGGCGUCUUAGUCGCUAGGGACUCAAUCGAUGCAACCAAGGAUGGCCAUCCAGACUUGCCUUUAUUCUGGGCAAACUUGGGAACUCUUCUAAUAGAUAGGUACUAUGUAAAGGGUCUCAAACGGGAUCUCGAUGAGGCGAUGGACUGCACACGUGGAGCUCUCAAGGGGAUGGACAAACGUAAUCCGUUACGUGCUACACUCCUGGAUAAACUCGGUGUUACUUUGGGUCACUUGCACUGGAGGGGAGGUCCUGGCCCCAAGGUUCAAGGCUAUCUUGAGGAGGCUAUAUCAAAUUUGGGGACUCAUCUGGGCCACAAAUACCACUUGGCUAAGACAAACAGCGGGCUCCAAGAGUGUAUCAAAUGUCACGUCGCCGCUCUCCGCGCAGAACAGUCGCCAACACUUCGACGGAUCCAGGCAGCUGACGAUGUUCUGCCCUACUGCGCCGAUCUCAAAGACUGGAACCUAGCCUUUAAUGUCGUUACCAGUGCGGUUUCCCUGUUUCCAAAACUCAUAUUCCGGUCACAUCAACAUUCAGACAAAUUACACAUGUUGGGCAAGGUUUCCGGAUUAGCAUCUGAUGCUGCCGCCAUGGCCCUAAAUGCGGGAAAGGGUCUUGACGUAGUCUUGACCAUACUUGAAUGUGGCAGAGGGUUGCUUUCUCAGUCAAUGGAGGAGAUGAGGACUGAUCGCGCGAGCUUAAAAGCUCAGCAUCCGCAGUAUGCAGAGGAACUAGACAGGGUUCGGGGCGCACUCGACUUUCCUCUACAGGCCAACGAUUCCCUGGAAGAUCCUAAGGAAACCUGGGAGGCCGAGUCAAUUCUUCGGAAGAAAGCUGACAAGAUGUUGGACGACUUACUCACCAAAAUCCGCAAGAAGCCUGGCUUUGAAGACUAUCUUCUACCACCCUCAGAAACAGCAAUGAGGGCAGCGGCUCAAAAAGGCCCCAUAGUUGUUAUCAACGUGAGCCAAUACCGAUGCGACGCGAUCAUCGUCAAGCCUGACCGACUUCAUCUAUUACCUCUACCCAAACUUACACUGUCGGCCGUGGAAGACGCUUAUAUGGCUGAACCCAGCCUACCUUCUGCUCAGCCUUCCGGUCCUUUGCCACAAGGGCCUGUAUCCAACAGCAAUUAUGACAUCUGGGAGGCUUUCGUAUCCAAUAUGGGAUGGGAUGGACCUUUGACAAACCCAGCUUCGAGCGGCUUGAGCAGGAAGCCAUCUAAGGCUCUUGGAUCGCCCAAAGUCCUCCGCUGGCUGUGGGAAACCACAGCGAAACCGGUAUUGGACUAUCUCGGCUACAAAGCUAUACCAAAAGACGGUAAAUGGCCUCAUCUAUGGUGGAUACCGACUGGUAGUCUCAGCAGGUUUGCGAUCCAUGCCGCUGGUGACUAUUACCCUGGGACCUCUGAAACGGUUCUUGACAGGACUGUAUCAUCUUACAGCUCCUCUAUAAAAUCCAUCAUCCAAAGCCGAAGAAGGAGGAUUGCAGUACACAAAUCUCCUUAUGCUCUUCUCGUCGCGAUGGAAACCACAAAAGGUUGCAGCUCAGCGCUACCUUUCGCUUCAAAGGAGGUUUCUCUAGUGAGCAAUAUUUGCAGAUCAAUGUCCCUUCGUCCACUGCAGCCUGGACAGCAAAAACGGGACAUCAUCCCUCAUUUACGCGACUGCACUAUCUUCCACUUCGCAGGCCAUGGCCAAAGCGAUGACAAAGAUCCUUUAAACAGCAGGCUGUUGCUCAACGACUCGAGAAGUGAUCCAUUCACAGUUACUUCGCUAUUUAAUACGAAACUGCACGACAAUGCACCAUUCCUCGCAUACCUGUCAGCCUGCGGGACAGGUCGUAUGGACAAUGAUAGGUUCUCAGACGAAGGCAUCCACUUGAUCAGUGCAUGUCAACUCGCGGGAUUCCGACACGUGAUAGGUACAUUGUGGGAAGUUAAUGAUGAGUCUUGUGUCGAGAUGGCAAGGGUACUCUAUGAGAAUCUCAAGCAUCAAGGGAUCACGGACGAAGCUGUUAGCCGUGGGUUACAUGCGGCAGCGCGUCGUCUUCGGGAUGAAUGGUCGAGAAAAUUCACUAAUGGUGGGAGUCGCGGAGGUGUAGCCAGAGGGAAGAAGCAAAGAUCCCCAGAGAUUCGAAGAAACGGCAGGAGAGACAUUAUAGCCUGCGACGAUGAUGAUGAUGAUGAUGAUGGCACGGAGCCGCUCUACUGGAUUCCUUUCGUUCACUUUGGUGUAUAG